GUAGGUUUUGUUAUUUUUGUUUUGUUUAAAUUUAUUAUUUUUGUUCAUGCUUUGGUUUUGUGGGUUGUCUGUCUGUCGGCUGCAUUGUCUUGUUGUGUUUUCUCAGCGUGUGAUCGGUUCGGUACAUUCAACCAAGCACCCUUAAUGGGUGCAAACCUCAUCAUUGUUCGCUUCUAACUUGUGUAAAUAGAAACAAAAGAAAAAAAAACUAAAGUUCGUCAAGACCACCGAUCUGAUCUUGCGCCAAAAAAGUAAUAAGUAAAGAUAAAAUAGACUGUAAAACAGACACAUUUUGUUUAUAUAGUGCCGGCUGUAAAAGAUAUUAAAUUUCAUCAAGAUACUAUAAACUCUAUCUUCUCGUAUCUUUGUAAAAGAUAAGAUUUGCUCAAUUCUACGAGUACCUAUAAAAUUCUCAAAUUGUGCAGAAGUGAGUUGAAUCUUUAAACAAAAAUACCAUCGUCAUCAUCAUCUUUCGCGUCUCUUACCGCCGCCCUCGACUUUCGUUUGCAACUCCAACUUAAACCAAAUGCAGAUACAUUUUGUGUGCUUGGAAUUCAUAAGUGCAUUUGGAGUUGAACUUCAUAGCUAGCUGUUUGUAGACAAGACACAGAUAGAUAGAUUCCUAUACUCCCGCGAGUGCAACGACUUUUUCGGCUAAAGACUUUCUGUUUCGGUUUCUGUUUCUGAGUGACUGUUGGUGAGUGUGUGUUCUUUGGAGUUUCAACACAGAAUUUUCUUCCAAAGUUAAAUAUGAAAUGACCAACCAGGCCGGUUGCUUCCACUUGAGUUGUUUCCUCUUCUGAAAGUUAUAUAUCUUGAAAAGAAAUGCAUUUUGGCGCGUCGUCAUCAUCGUAGUGGUCGUCGUCAUCGUAGUGGUCGUCGUCAUCGUUGUCGUCGUGAACAUAACUCUAGAUACAUAGAUAUCAACCUUAAGAGAGUUUCUUUGUACACUCGUAGUUACUUUUUUUGUAUUGUUGUUGCUUUAUAAUUCUGGUUAUAAAAAGUGUUAUUGGUUUUACCCCGUUAUAUAUUUUUUAUUAAAUGUUGGCCAAUUUAUUUAUUUCCACGAGUUUUUGAUUAAGUGGCACACACAAGGAAGUGGGAUAGGUGUACAACGACGGCGGACGCGUAAGCAGUGAACUUAAUUCGAAAAGAGAAAGAGUUUUAAAAAAUAAUAUAAAUAUCUCUAGAACAACCAUCAUCAUUAUCAUCAUCAUCAACAACAACUGGUUAAUCGAAAUUAAUUUAUAAAUAUAAAAAAAGGGAAACAAAUAAAAACAGCAACAACAACAAACAAAUAUAAAAGAUACAAAUAACCCUACUCAUUGAUUGGAUUGCAUUCUCACUCCCUGUUUGUCUGUGCUGCUGUUGCUGCUGCUGCUGCUGCUCAUCCCUGCUCCGCUCAGUUCUGUGCAUAUAUCGAUUUAAUUCCUCCUGGAAUUCCUGUUAAAUCGCAAUGUCAGUGUGGACCACAACAACAUCUGGCAUAGAGACUGCCCUUGGAGCACUUGGAACUCCAACUAACAUAAAUGGAAAAUCAUCAAGUCUACAUCAAAUAAAUGGAUCAACAUUAAUUUUGCCAGCAUCUUCACAAAAUAACCCGAAUUUGCAAUCGGCAGCUGCGAGUCUACAUCAUCAAAUCAGUAACAACAACAAUAUCGCCUCUGUUCAGUCGCAGAUCUCGAUUUUAGCCAACUGGAAGAGGAACAGCCAGUCUCAGUCUCAGCAGCAACUCUAUCAGCAACAACAACAGUACAACAAUAAGCCUAGGCGUACCGCCAGCAGCAGUAUGUCACAGUCCGGAGAGGAUCUUCAUUCGCCCAGUUAUCUAUCAUGGAGGAAGUUGCAGCUAAGUCGAGCCAAACUCAAGGCCUCAAGUAAGACAUCAGCCUUGUUGUCCGGUUUUGCAAUGGUUGCAAUGGUUGAAGUUCAACUAAAUAACGACACACAAGUACCUGCGGGAAUGCUUGUUGCAUUCGCCAUCUGUACAACCCUGCUCGUUGCAGUCCACAUGCUAGCUCUGAUGAUUAGUACGUGUAUACUGCCAAAUAUCGAAGUUGUUUGCAAUCUCCACAGUAUCUCACUUGUCCACGAAUCACCGCACGAACGUCUCCAUUGGUACAUCGAAACAGCCUGGGCCUUCUCCACCCUGCUCGGUCUGAUAUUGUUCCUUCUCGAAAUAGCAAUUCUUUGUUGGGUGAAGUUCUACGAUCUAAGUCAACCAGCAGCUUGGUCUGCGUGUAUUGUCCUCAUCCCGGUUUUGGUUAUUUUUCUUGCUUUUGCCAUACACUUCUAUCGUUCACUGGUCACCCACAAAUACGAGGUCACAGUGUCGGGAAUAAGAGAAUUGGAAAUUCUCAAAGAACAAAUGGAACAAGAUCACAUGGAUCAUCAUCAUCGUAACAAUGGACUUAAUUAUGGAGCCAGUGGUGAAAUUGUUUAAUAAUUAUUUUAUGUAAAUUUUUGUAGUAUAGAAUUUUCUCGUAGCAAAAAAAUAAUCGCUACUUAAAAGUUUUAAACAAAACAUAAAAACAAACAAACGAUUUAAAUGUGAUAUUUGAAAAUGAGUGUAAAAGCUGUGUGACGCCGAUGAUCACUUAAAUUGUGAGACCUACUUCUAUAAGUUUCCUGCAAAUAAAAAACAAAUAAUGAACCAUAUUAAUUUUAUACAUAAAAAAGAUAUAAACAAAAUAAUUAAAUUGUAAUAACUCAACAAAAAAAAACCAGAGGAAAAACAAAAACAUUUAAAAGUACAGUCAAAACAGAUUAAAUUCAAUCCAGACAAGAGCGAAGGCUUCACUAGAUUCUUUUUAUGUUACUCGAUACUGAAACGGAUUCAGAAUAGGAAAAGGGUCGAUAGCUAUGUAAACCCAUUCCCCUUUACUUUCUCGUGUAGCCUCAAAAGAAGUUUCUUAAUCGUACACUAAAUUAAAAGUUUUCCUUCUCCAGGGCUUUUUUUUUCCGAAAGACACAAAUUUAUUGGUUAAGAGCCUUUAAAACGCGGAGGACGGAAAGUUUGGAAACAAUUAUUAAACAUUUCAAGACCCGUGCCUGCUUAUUGGUUACUUGGUUAGUGCGUCGGACUGUCUUGCCAAGGUCUACCAGUGGUAUUUAAAAGUUCUUCUUUUACGUGUACUGCCUCUGCGAGGAAUUGGAAAAUUCUCCAUCAGUUAGUUUUAUCAAGAAUGGUGCCUUCAAGUUCAACAGAAACUUUAUGUCACCUCCAUUGGCAUUCCUCGCAAACAGCGUCGGACUGUCUUGCCAAGGUCUACCAGUGGUAUUUGAAAGUUCUUCUUUUACGUGAACUGCCUCUGCGAGGAAUUGGAAAAUUUUCCAUCAGUUAGUUUUAUCAAGAAGAGUGCCUUCAAGUUCGACAGAAAUUUUGGCAUUCCUCGCAAACAGGAAAGUUUGCGAGUCGAAAGUCAUUUGGAUUUAGUUUUUUACAAGUUAGAGUACUAGUAAAUUUUGAUUUUAAAACCUUUAUAAGCUAAGAAGCCCUGAUUUAAAAAAGGCAAAAGCCACAAAAUAAUAGAAAAAGCAAUGGUUAAGGAAAUACUUUUAAUUUAGUUUUUAUGCUCAAGGAGUUGAGUACUGAAAAAUAAUAAAAAUCAAGUUUUUUAAUAAAUUUAUUACGAUGUAGAAAACCAAUUUUGACUGUACUCGAAAUGCUAAUGUGAUAAAUUACUAAGCAACAAUACUAAGAAAAACAGUAUUGGCCUUAAUAAAUAUUGUCAUCGAAGAAUUUUUAUACUUUUUUUUAAAUUAAUUUUGUUCAACCUUAAAUUUUUAUUUAAAUAGGAGAAUAUACUUAAAAUUUAUUUAAAUUGUUCUUAAAAUUAAUUUUACCCUAAAGACACAAAACCUAGUUUAUAUAUUUAUGUAACAUAAAUGUAAUUUAAUAUAGAUAUUUUUCUAAAGUUGAUUAUUUUGAAACGCGUUCUUAUGAUUUAUUUUGGGAUUGUGAGAUUGUAAAUUUUCAAUAGAGUUUAAAUAUGUAAGUAGUUGGCAUUUCUAUUGCCGUUUUUUGAUUGUCAAUUCGUUAGUUUUGACUAAUUGUAAGAUUGUUUGUAGUUAAACUAUAUGACUUCUUGAUAUUGACCUCAUUACUUGCAAUAGAUGUGUGUAUACUUAUUUAUAGUCUUCCUUUAAAGACAUAUUUUGUAUGUAUUUUUAAAUUUAUAGAUUUAUAGAUAUUUAUAUUUUGUAUCUAAAAUAGUUUUCACUGCAAUUGUUAAAAUUGUUAUUAUUUUUUUAUUUUGUAUAAUUAUGUAUAAAGAUAUCAUUCAAAUUCCUUGUAACUCGAUUUUAGACAUUAAUUAGUACGACAUAAAUAGAACUGUGUUCAAAUUACUUGGAGCUGAAUUCAUGUCCUUCUACAAAAAACAAAACUUAAUAUAUUAAAAUUCAAAGAGUCUUAUGAAAAUUUAACUUCAAUCGAGAUAUCUGGAGUAUGGAUGAUUGUUUUUAAAUAUUAAGUACUUAAAAUAAGUUUAAGUUAUCUCUCAAAAAGUAUAUAAUUAUACGACCAAUUAUUUUAAUAAUAAAAUAAAAACAUAAUAUAAAAUUAA